AAGACAAAACUGAGAUAAAGAAGGGAGUGAAAAGUGUCUCGAAGAGCGACAGCGGCAGCAGUACCACCACUGCCAACAGCAGCAGCAGCAGCAGCAGAAAAGCUUACUAGGUUUGCCAGUCGGUGACCGGAGAGUGAUCGGGAUGAACAGCCGAGUGUCAAUGGAGGCUUUUCUCCUUCUUUUGUUUUGCAGCCAAGUGAUCCAUGCCAGUCCACUCUUUGAAUAUGGUGAUGCUGUAGGAGAUAUGAAAGCGAAACAUUCCGAAUUUAACUAUAUUAUUUCGCUGCCCCACGAAAUUUAUUUUGCUGGGAUGCGUUAUAAGCAAUUGCAUGUUACUCCAUUUGGAAGUUUAGGAUUUAAAGAGCAAAAGUUCGAACUUGUCGACUGGGAUGGUCCAAGGGAAUAUGAUGUGAAAGAUCCUCCUUUUAUAGCUCCUCUGUAUUUCGACUCAGCAUUCUCUGCAGAACAAGUCAGUCGACAAGACGAAAGCAUAUAUUAUCGAAUUGUCACCGAUUCAUAUAUCAGGUCUAAUGUUACGAAAAUCAUACAACAAUCUAUGGUAGGAGGCGAAUUUUUCAACUCAAGUAUUGUUGUCAUAGCGACUUGGGAAGGCCUGAUCGAUCGAAAUGAUUUAAUGAAUGGUAAAGUGAAUAAAAUCAACACAUUCCAGUUAGUUCUCGCAGCAAACAAACAAGAAACCUACGCCAUGUUCAACUAUAAAGAAGUUUACCCAAAGGAAAAAUUCUAUCACGCAGGUAUAAAUGCAGGGAAUUAUCGUGGUUGGACUUCUGUUCUUCCCGGAAAGGAGAAAACCGAUCUCUCCACUUUACCACAUGUUUCCGGAUUCGAUGUUCCAGGCAGAUUUUUAUUCCGAGUCUCUUCUGAUCUUCCAGAACGAGGUGGCUGUACUAACAUUACUAGCGAAAUGCACUUGAGCGUAUCAACAAGGUUUAUCGGAAUGUUUGGGGGAGAGAUGCUCGAAGUUACAGGUUUGUGUUUAGAAGAAAAUACAACUGCCCUAUGUACCUUUCAGCAUUUGUCUCAGACAAAAGAGGAUUCUAAAGGCAUCGUGAUCAACAAAGCAAAAAUUAGAUGUCCAGUACCACGAUUUCUUUUUAGAGGAGAAACUACGCUGAAAGUACAGCUAGACACCAUAGAUUCUUCCAAGCCAUAUGCUGUAGUGCACGUUGUCUUACCUAAACUAAAGCCCGAAACGGUUACCACUCUAAACCCUAAAGACUGGGACAAAACUGAUGUUGAACGCUUGCGUAUUUCAUGGAAGCCACACCUACUUAGUUUGGACUACAAGGCCAGAGUCAAUAUUAAUCUCAUUGGUUAUAAAGAAGAUAGACAUAAGCCACAAUACAAGAAGCUAGUGACCAUCAAGAAGGACCACAAGUUGUACGAAAGGCAAUUCGAGUUUAAUCCCAGCAAAUAUUCCUGUAGAGGAUCUGAUUGCGAUUAUGAAAUAGGUUUCAUAGAAGUUGAGCUUACAAACAUAUCGAAGGCAAACUCUCAUGUGUUCUUAAACUCUAAAAUAAUUCCCUUAGGAUGGUAUAUAGCUCCUACUUUACGUCGAGAAAUUGGUGCAAACUGGGCAUCGAAUAAAUGUGAAAUGAUGAAGAGAGAUGUAAAUUACAACAAAGACUGGCUUGACCAUUUGAUUCCGUGCCCAUGUAACUUGGACCAAGCGUUAGCUGACUUCGGCCGAUGGUUGACCGAACCCAGUUGCAAUUCAUUUUCGAAUUCUAAAUGUCGUUUCCAUGAAGAAGCAGUUCACUGCCUGAAAUCAACCUGUCCAACGGUGAGAGCUGCCGGGAACCAAUGCUGCUAUCGUAAAGAUGGGAGUCUAAUUUACAGCAAAGAUUCCUAUCAUGGCAGUACUCCAGACAAAGCUGCAGCUAUUGGUGCCUAUCCUUACGCAAAAGUAAACCACGUACCACAGCUAUCUCAUUGGGUCUGGGAUGUGAUUCCUUACUAUCAUUGUUGCCUCUGGUCAACUAACAAUUGCGACAUCUACAUGAAACUUCGCCCAACCAAAAACUGCAAUUCUUAUAAGGCGCCAGCCACAAGUAAGUUUAUAUUUCAUGACAUCAUUAAUCAACCAAUUUAACUCCUCGUAUCAUUU